UGUCAGGUUGGUAAGUUAAAGAAGAAGCUUAGACAUGAAGAGAACGUUCACAGAGCAUUAGAGCGGGCUUUUACUAGACCCUUGGGAACUCUACCCCGUCUACCUCCUUAUCUCCCACCUCGUAUGCUGGAAUUACUAGCUGAAGUUGCUGUUUUGGAAGAGGAAGUUGUUAGGCUUGAAGAACAAGUGGUGCAUUUCAGACAUGGGUUGUAUCAAGAAGCUAUUUACAUUUCUUCAUCAAAGUCAAAGAGAUGCAUUGGACAUGAGUCUAUGGAUUUAUAUGAUCCAUUCCCAGUUAAGAAUGCUAAACAGAAACAAUCAUCAUCAAAGGUAACAACACUUCAGAAUGAAGGACAUCAAUCAUUUCUUCUAACGUCAAAGCAGCAUUCACUCCCUUUUCCUGGGAAUAAUCAGCUGCAAGUAAAUGCUGUAAAAAACAAGCUUUCACCAAAUUCUAAAUUGGCAACAACAAGCAGGACUCCUCCUCCUGUAAAGAAACCUCUUGCAACAGCAUCAGAAUGUAAAAUUAUAUGGGGCCAAUGUUCAGAAGCUACAAACAUACCUACAAAAAUUUCGGAUGAAAACUUAUCUAACAACAAUGAUACCCCAAACAAGAUCUCGGAGAACAUUGUGAAGUGCUUAUCAAGUAUUUUCUUAAGAAUGAGCUCACUAAAGAAUAGGGUGACAAUGGACUCUUUACCUUCAAUAUUGGCGUUAACUAAUUCACCUGAUACGUGUGAGACAACAACUGGGUUUAAGGAUCCGUUCAACAUCUGCUUGGAAUUUGGAAAGAGGGAUAUUGGCCCUUAUAAGCAUUUAUUUACUGUGGAAGCUGCAUCAAUCAAGCUAAACCAAAAAACGACUUCUUUAUUCCUAUUUAGGAGACUCAAGCUACUACUUCAGAAACUUGCCUCAGUUAAUAUGAAAAGUCUAACCCAUCAGGAGAAACUUGCUUUUUGGAUCAACACAUACAAUUCUUGCAUGAUGAAUGCAUUUCUGGAGCAUGGAGUCCCAGAUAGUCCAGAUAUGGUAGUUGAAUUGAUGCAGAAGGCAACAAUAAAUAUCUCUGGACAAAUGCUAAAUGCGAUCACUAUUGAACAUUUCAUCCUGAGACUGCCUUACCACUCCAAAUAUACAUUUUCGGAGGGCAUAAAAAAUGAUGAUACAACAAUAGCACGAGGUGCCUUUGGGUUGGAGUUAUCUGAACCAUUAGUUACGUUUGCACUCUCCUGUGGAAGCUGGUCCUCUCCAGCUGUAAGGGUGUACACAGCAGCUCAGGUUGAAAAUGAAUUGGAAGCCGCAAAAAGAAACUACCUGCAAGCAGCAAUUGGAAUUUCGAUUAGCAAGAAAUUAUUAGGAAUUCCAAAACUUUUGGAUUGGUAUCUACUGGACUUUGCAAAGGACAUGGAGUCAUUACUUGACUGGAUAUGCCUUCAACUACCAAGUGAACUGGGAAAGGAAGCAAUGAAGUGCCUUGAGAGUAGAGGGGUGGGGAAUUCUCUUUCUGAAUCUAUCUAUAUCUUUCCUUACGAGUUCAAAUUCAGGUAUCUUUUGCACUUGCAGUAAGUUUUUUUUUUUUUACUAUUAUUAUUGCCUUCUCUCACAGAUUGAAAAGGGUCAUGGGUACUUGUAUUACAGUUAUAGAAUACAUAACCAAAAGAGAAAAUUUUCAAAUUUGUCAUGAAUUCUGUAAGUAAUUUGUAGUUCAAACUGUAACUAAUUUAUUA